AUGCCGAGGGCUUUCCUGAUCACGCACCGCCGCUACCGGCAGGGCGACCCGCCGCCCCCGCAGGCCAAGGGCAAGGGCGCCGACCAGGAUGGCGACCAGGAUGGCGACGAGGACGCCGCGGACGAGGGCGUCGGGCCGCUCGGCGUGGGGGCGCUCGGCGUCCCGGACGAGCUGUUCAACCUGACGCAGCUGGCCGAGGUGAGCCUGGCGGCCGCGGCCGCGCAGGGACACCACUUCCGCAGGGCGGACUCCGACGGGGACCAGGACGACGGCGGCGUCCGCGGCGCGGCGGUCGGCGGCGCGGGGCUGGGCGCGCACGGCUGCGUGGACUGCGGCAAGAGGUACUCGACGGCCAGCAACCUGGCGCGCCACCGGCAGACGCACCGCUCGCUGGCGGGGCAGCAGGCGCGCGGGUGCCCGACGUGCGGCAAGCUGUACGUGUCCAUCCCCGCCUUCGCCAUGCACGUCCGCACGCACGCGCAGACCUGCCGCUGCGAGUUCUGCGGCAAGACCUUCUCGCGGCCCUGGCUGCUGCAGGGCCACGUGCGCACGCACACCGGCGAGAAGCCCUUCAAGUGCGGCGUCUGCGCCAAGGCGUUCGCCGACAAGUCCAACCUGCGCGCGCACGUGCAGACGCACUCGGACGCCAAGCCACACGUGUGCGCGCGCUGCGGCAAGGCCUUCGCGCUCAAGUCGUACCUGUACAAGCACGAGGAGGCCUCGUGUCUGCGCGGACACGGCGGACACUCGACGCCCGGCCGCGCCCCCAGCCCCCAGCACCACAGCAGCAGGUCGCUGUCGUCCUCGCCGCCGUCCUCGCCCGACAUGCGCUGACCCUGGCCGUCGACGCCCUGCCCGGGCCCCGGGCCGCGGGCCCCUUCUUCGCCUGCUGGCGGAUUCCGCGCGGCAGCUGCGCCUCGGCCAUAAUCACGGCGGGGACGAGGACGACGAGGACGACGGCGCUUUGGCCGCCAAUGUUUCUUGGCGUGCAGGAAGGCCAGGGGACGCGGCGCUGCGGCGCUGUGGCGCAACGGAGUGCAGCGGCAGCGUGGUGUUACAGUGCCACGCCGAGCUAGCCGAGCUAGGGGAGGGCCUCGCGGAGGGCGCAGCGGUGGCGAUGCCCGUCGCGUGCCCGUUGGGCCCGAGAGGGUCGCUCCAUAGUCUAUUCCAAUCAACCUCAGCCCUUGUCCAAGCCAAGACUAGCGCGUCUUAUAGGCAGUCUUGGCCUCACUGCGUCGACGUAGCUUCUUACAUCGCUUGAACCGUAUUUUUCGAGAGCUAUUUUUGUAAGGUACUGUGUAGGUAGUGAGGGACAUUUUGUACUACUCGUUGCUCUGUUUUGUUUGUCGAUAAGUAAGUUAUGGUCUAUUGUACUUAUGAUUAGUUAAGUCGAUCCCAGGCCAUUUCGGGAGCUUUCUACAGGAGUAUCCAAGCAGAGAAGGAAAGCAUUUGAACUGUUACUUUGUGAUACUUCAUGACAAUAGUAUUAUUAAACUAGGCACUUCUGCUAUAAUUUUGCAUCUAGACUAGAUUCUUUGUAUUACAUUUACCCAUGUAUUAAGUUUUUAAGUUUUCUUCAAUGGACGAGAGUGGAACUAGUCGAGUUGAAAGAUGUACACUGUUUACCCUACAUCGCCCAUUUUGUUUCAUUUUACCUAAUUUAUUUUAAUUUAUUUUUUAUUUAUUCACUCACUUUUAAUGCCAACGCCCAGUUCUCAUAUGUUUUCUCUUCCCUAUUACUAUUUUUUUGUUUUGUUUUUUAUUUUAAGUUUGUGAGACUUUCGCCACGAUGAUGCGUGUGGUUGCACUCUGAGCGAACCUAACAUUAUUUUUUUUUCAUGUACUACGUUAUAUUUCUCAAUACACAAUUUGAAGCGAUGAUUCUAGAGUA